UAUGUGUCCACGACCAACGCAUACCCAACGCUGCUGCGGUCCACUGGGUGGAACACCAGUCCGUUCCUCUACAGUUCUACUUUGGCCUCUGGUCCUCGAGAAGAGAGUCUCGGUUCUCUAGAUGCAGUAGCUUCCACUCCUAGUUCAGUGACUCCUUGCUUCAAAUUAGGUGCGUUCUUGCCAACUCUUUCCACGGCUUCUGCCAUCUCCAACACCUCUUUCGAUAUUAACUCCUCCCUCUCGAGCAACCGCUUCCUAGUAUCUACAGAUGCCAGCCCAUCUAUGAAUACCAUUGCCACAUCGCAUCCCGCAUAUCUUUGACCUUCUCGAAUCCACAUGUGCUAGCGGCCUUUUGGACAUGAGUCCGAAGCGUUCCGCCAUCAAUUGCUUCUUUAG